AUGAAAGCUGGCAGUGGUGGAAUGAAGGAUGGAAAAGCAGCACGAAGACAAAGGAUCAACGCUGUUAUCAAGGCUGUUGGAUGCACAGACGAUCAGAUCUUCGAGACAAAGACUGUUCGUGUUGGAGAUAAUGUGAAACUAACGUGUAUCCGCCAGUUAACUGGAACAAUGUAUUGGAUUAAACUUGUUCCUGAAAACGUGCCUCAAAUCUUAGCAAGAACAUUUGGCUAUGAGGAUGGACCAGGACCAUCUACAGAUAUCACUACAGUCCCUCCAUCUGAUCCAGUUCGGCCAGGAGACCCUGUUACUCUCCAGUGUUCAGUCCUCUCUGCAAACAAAACAUGUCUAGAAGAACACAAUGUUUACUGGUUCAGUGCCACAUUGGAUAAAUCUCACCCCAGUUUUAUUUAUACUCAUGGAAACAGUACUGAUCGAAGUGAGAAGAGCCUUGAUACUCAGUCUUUACAAAAAUGUAUCUACAACAUCUCCAGCAACAACAUCAGCUCCUCUGAUGCUGGGACUUAUUACUGUGCUGUGACCACAUGUGGGGAGAUAUUGAGGAGGAAUAGAACAAAAUUGGAUAAUGACGCUGUCAGCAUGUGUGAUGUACAGAAGGCUUAUACAGUUCUCUCUCUGCUGUCUGCUGCUUUGGCCUUAAGUCUGAGUGUUAUCAUCGGUCUUGUUUAUUCAAUCAAGAAAAUGAAGAAAAAAUCUUGUGACGGUUGUAACGUUACAGUUGAUCUUCAUAUGGAUACUGCAGCCAGUGGUGUUCAGCAAAGUAGGCAGAUAGAUGAUGACUCAUUGGUUUAUUCUGUAGCAACCUUCACAAGCAAGAAAUCUUACAAAUCCGGAACAAGGGACAAAAAAACUGCAGAAGAAGAGACUAUUUACACUGAUGUCAGCACCCUUGUGUUGAAUUAA